UCCUCUCUUGCCUUCAUUAUUUUUUUUAAUUAUUUUUUUCUUUUUUUUAAGCCACCAUAUUGGAUUUGUUUGUUUUUUUUAAAUUUUUUUUCUUUUGUUGAAACAGAGUCCUCCUGUGUUGCCCAGGGAGGUAUUCAAACUCCUGGUUUUACGCAUUCCUCCCAUCCUGGCCUCCCAAAGUGCUGGGAUCACAGGUGUGAGCCACUGAGCCCUGUCAAUUAUUUUAAAUUACUAGGAUUAAAGUAGAUUAUGUAUGUCUUUAACCUCUUUCCCAUUGAUAAACUGGCACCCUUUUAUUAAGCACCUGCUUUCCCACCUAUUUCCAGCUGCUUUUUGGGGUUUUUUGCUUGCCUGUCUCUUGCUUCUUUCUUAUCUCUACCACUUAAGAGAGUUUGUUAUAAUCAAAUUUGACUUCUUAGCCUGUGGAUAAUUUACUGUUAAGUAAAUGAUUACCACAGGGAGCCAGUGAGGUCCUAGUAGUCUAAAAUAGUGCAUGUGUUCACAAAAUUGACUCUCUUAACAGAGAUUAUGCAAUGAGAUAAUUUAACUGAAUAAUCUUGUGUGCAUAUAGCUUACCUUGGAUACACUCAUAAAAUUAUGAAUAUGCUUCUGAUAUGGUUUUGCUCUGUGUCCCAACCCAAAUCUCAUCUUGAAUGUGUACUCUCAAAAUUCCCACGUGUUAUGGGAGGGACCCAAUGGGAGAUAAUUUGAAUCAAGGGGACGGUUUCUCCAUAUUGUUCUCAUGGUAGUGAAUAAGUGUCAUGAGAUCUGAUGGUUUUAUCAGGGGCUUCUGCUUUUGCAUCCUUCUCAUUUUCUUUUGCUGCUGCCAUGUAAGAAGUGCCUUUUGCCUCCCACCAUGAUUCUGAAGCUUCCCCGGCCAUGUGGAACUGGCGUACUCCUGGGCAAGAUGAAGUGGGUGUGGGCGCUCUUGCUGCUGGCGGUGCUGGGCAUCAGCCGGGCGGAGCGCGACUGCCGGGUGAGCAGCUUCCGAGUCAAGGAGAACUUCGACAAGGCUCGCUUUUCCGGGACCUGGUACGCCAUGGCCAAGAAGGACCCCGAGGGCCUCUUUCUGCAGGACAACAUCAUCGCAGAGUUCUCUGUGGACGAGACCGGCCAGAUGAGCGCCACGGCCAAGGGCCGAGUCCGUCUUUUGAAUAACUGGGACGUGUGCGCAGACAUGGUGGGCACCUUCACGGACACCGAGGACCCUGCCAAGUUCAAGAUGAAGUACUGGGGCGUAGCCUCCUUUCUCCAGAAAGGAAAUGAUGACCACUGGAUCAUCGACACGGACUACGACACGUACGCUGUGCAGUACUCCUGCCGCCUCCUGAACCUCGACGGCACCUGUGCUGACAGCUACUCCUUCGUGUUUUCCCGUGACCCCAACGGCCUGCCACCGGAAGCACAGAGGAUCAUAAGGCAGCGGCAGGAGGAGCUGUGCCUGGCCAGGCAGUACAGGCUGAUCGUCCACAACGGUUACUGUGAUGGCAAAUCAGAAAGAAACCUUUUGUAGCACCUUCAAGAAUCUAAUUUCAUCUGAACUUCUGAUUAGUUCUCAGUCUUCAAUCUAUUUAUCUUAGGAGUGUAAUUUGCCCUUCUCUCCCUGUUUCCCCUCAGUUCCCAUAAAACCUUCAUUACACAUAAAGAUACAUGUGGGGGUCAGUGAAUCUACUUGCAGGCAAAUGUCUAUCUUUCCUGAAAGUUUCUGAGGCUUAGGAUUCCGGACUCUGAUUCAUUAAAAUACAGUUACCUGUG